GAGAAAAACGUGAGAAUAAACAUAAGAGUAAAAAAAUGGCAACGCUGGUGGCAACAAAAAUAAGGUCCAUAUUUUCAUCAGCAUCUUCCCCGGCGAUUACUAGCCGCCGACUUCCGAUCGUCGGAGUAUUCUGCGUACUGAGUUUUGGCAUCUCCAACUUCUACACUUCUCUUUCUCUCUCCUCCAAGCCUUCUCUUCUUUCCAGGUCUAGAAGUAUACAUACAAGUACAAUCAGGAUGGAAGCAAGUAACAACACUGUGCCUAGUAUUGUUGUUUAUGUCACCGUGCCCAAUAAAGAUGCAGGGAAAAAGCUAGCAGAAAGCUUAGUUAAAGAAAAGCUUGCAGCCUGUGUGAAUCGAGUGCCAGGUAUCGAGUCAGUUUAUGAGUGGCAGGGACAGAUACAGACAGAUUCUGAGGAACUUCUUAUCAUCAAGACUAGGGAGUCACUUUUGGAUGCUCUUAAGGAGCACGUGAAGGAGAAUCAUGAGUACGAUGUGCCUGAAGUGAUAGCUUUGCCAAUUGUUGGCGGUAGUCUCCCGUACCUGGAGUGGUUAAAAGCAAACACAAGGGAGUAGGGACUAGAUUCUUUUUUGGUAUAGUGGCACUGGCACAUAUAUGUGCAGUGGAGUGGAGCCAUGAGAAUCUGCUGAUCCUCAAAAUGUCUGUGCUACUCUAUGAGUUGCUUGAUAGAACAUGGUCAAAGCAUGUUGUCUUUAGAACAUGAUCAAACUAUGUUUAAUAAUUUAAUCAAGCUAGACUAUGAUGUUUAAGUCUUUUAAA